AAGCACGACAAGCGAUUUCACCCUGGAUACUGAUACCCUGCGAAGGCCUUCCACGUGGUGCAAGCACUCCUCCCAGGACUCCAGUAAUCGCUCACACGAUUCAAGACUGGCUUUAACAUCAUCCCUUGAAGCUCGCCAACAGAGAUAGACGUAGUCUUAUCAGGUCGCUACUUCACGAGUAUACGGAUAGGCAGUAUUAUCACCCGCAGUUUAAAAAGUUUGCGAAACACGAUGAAAAGAAAAACGCUCCUUUAAUCUUCGCGUCGGCGAGAACAGAUGUUCCUUUCGUGUUAAAUAUGAAAACUUACCUCAAGAAAUAAUUGACGUCCAAGAGAGAGUCGUGAAUCGAAGCGUCAAGGAACCAUCAAUAUAAAGCAUCGAUCAAUAAAAUAAUACUUGUCUGUCAGGAUAACUAGAAUAUUAUCCCUGUCAAAGGUAUGAAGAAAUUAAAAGGAUAUUUUUAACUUUAAUAUAUGACUCUCAAUGUCUUGAUCCAUUAUCGAGAAGUCAAAAUCCAGGGAAUCCACAAACUGCGCAGAGGAUGUCGUUGAUUCAUCCUGACUCGUCAUAUUACCUGCACAGAAGAUUAAUGAAGUAAUCAAGUCGAUAAUUAGGUAUAACAAUAAUCAUUGAAUCCGUUGGUCAACAAUUUGGAUGAGAAUGCACAGGAUGAUGCGGCCAUGAAAUUCUUGGGAAACUCUGAGGGAGUUUCUGAUUGCCCACAGAAGAUCAAGAUCUCGCAAAGAGAAGAUAUACAUAUAUAAAGAGGAACCGGUAGCUGAACUCGCAAGGAACAUCACUUUAGUGUCCCGCUCCGAUUUUGAUGAAACUCAAAUAUGUUGUAGCGCUUGAAGAUCUAAGAAACACGUGUUUUUUUUUAUCGGCGGUAAAACGGUUUUAGGGGGUAAGAAGAAGAAGGCAAGAAGGGAUAGACCGAUUUCAAUGAAAAAAAAAAAAAAACUAAAAUAAUUGUCCUUCCACUCUGCAGACUUCCGCCUAGAGGUAACUACGGUAGCUAGUACACCAUAGUACCAGUUUUUAUUAUUUUAUAUGUGAAAUAUAUUUUAUUAAUAGUCCAAAAAGUACUUUUCAUUUCUCGUAGCAAGUGGUAUGUAUAAGUAGUAAUCGUCGUUCCAGUACUGCGCUUUAAUAAAUUGUCGACAAAGUUGUUGUGAUCGAGGGGUGAUUUAUUUGUCAGUGAUAAACCUUUUGAAACAGAUAAGAAACGAGAAAGACGCAAUAAUAUUAUUUUAAUACCGGAACUUUUACGUAAUGCUUUUCUUAUUACUUGUACAUACAACGGGAGAAAUUCAACCGCUUGAUGUAUUUGGAUUCCGCAUAUGGAACAAUUUUGUACGACACUUUUCAGAUAGUGCAUUGUUAUUGAAUUCUGAUAUCCGUUUACACUUGAGAAGUAAUGUAAUUAAAUUACAAUCUCUUACGCAUAAUCAACUGUCAUUCCCGAGGUAUAUGAACCUUUUCAAAUAUGCAUGGUUCAAAAGCAAUUACAUAACCAAAAAUCCAGAAGAAUUUGAAAAUUUUAUGGAUUUUGGUUCCAGUCAAUCUUCUCAAGCACACUGUGAAAUACCAGGUAAUAAUGUUGCUGUUAUAAGAUGCGCAUGGUGCAAAAAAUUUUUAUGUUUGCAGCAUUUUUUCGAUGAUUUUCAUUUACGUACGAAUUUCGAACCAUCAUUGCUAUAAAUCAUAAUAGCAAUGUAUAGUUAAUAAGAAUAUUCAUGUAAAACUGCUUAGCAUUCAGGAAACAAAAUAGAACUUGCAUUUAAAAAAUUAAUCAUGAAAAAGAAUUGUAAAACAAUUUCUAAACUAACUUGGUUUACACUCACUAACGAUGGGCGGAAUGUUAAAAUAGUAUUUUAUUUAUCAAUAAGAGGCGAUAUUUAUAUCUAUAUCCUGCGUCCGUAAAACGUCAUCCGUUCGGCGAGCGGGAAACGAUAGCGACGCCGAGUCACGCGUCGUGGAGAGGAAACGUGAGACAAGCCAGGAUAAGGGCCAGAGGCAGGCGAACUUCGUUAAUAUUCAUUUAUUGUUUAUCGACUGUCACUAACAAGAAUAUUUUUAAUUAAUUUACACUUUCAAAUUGCGCGAGAAUUGGUCCUAUAUGGAAAUCCAUGCAUCGGUACGCAGGGGGUAGUUCACCCCCUUAAACGUGACUUCCCGCAAAAAAGCAAAAAACAUGUAAACUUUAAUUUUACUUCCUCUAUCAAAUGGUACGUGUUUAAUUAAAUUCCAUUUGUAAGUUUUUUAAAUAGGGUGAACAAAAUAAUAAUCGAGGGGUGGUUCACGCCCACAAGAGACAAUUUUUUUUUUCAAUGUCUAGGUGCACUUUACAUUACUCGUGACGAGAAACAUUUUAGUUUUUUUUUCAUUGAAAUCGGUCGAUCCCUUCUAGGUGAAACUGCAUUACCACCCCUCGACAUGCCGAACUUUGGGGGUUGAUUUUACCCCCUAAAAUCGUUUUUCCGUCGAUAAAAAAAGCAGACGUGUCUCUUAGAUUUUCAAGCGCUACAACAUAGUCGAGUUUCAUCAAAAUCGGAGGGGGGCACUAAAGUGAUGUUCCUUGUCAGUGAAAUCAGAUAAGAGUACCGAUUAGAAUGAGUCGUUAAUAGGGCGCACUCUGUUACCGGAUUCGGGCCAAGUUGAGGGCAAGUUGCAUAAGUUAAAAGUUCCUAUUUAAAGUUUCGGCUUGAACGAGAACGAUUUGAAUGAUCGGUGAGCGAUACCAUGGCAACUACGGACAACAAGCUGUCAGAUGAUAGGUAAAGUUUUGAUCAAUAACAGGUGACUGCUAGAGUUGAGUCGAGUUCGGUACUGCCGGUGGUGUAUAGUAACACGGGGGUUGCUUUAGUAGGGGUAGCAUAGUGGAUGGUAGUGGUUGGUAGUAACAGUAGGUUGUGUUAGGGGUAGUAGUAAAAGCAUAGUAAAGGGUGUAGGUAGUAGUCCUUAUGGAAGAGGGCAAUGGAUGGAGUCGGAGUUGGGGCUUGGGGUUUGGGUUUGGGGUUGCCGAGGGUGAGGGAGUCAGUCAGUCGGCGUGUGCCAGCGCCGGCGGCUCACCAACAAGACUGCAUCAUCCUCAAGUUAUCAGGGGUCGACGGGGUAGUCAGGAUCUUUGGGAUCCUCAUGGUUCUUACGAGGAUCGAGAGUAUUGAGGAAGUUCAUCCUGUCAUCGGGGGAUACUGCUCUUCAAGGUGUGAAGCCUUCCGGGGGUUGUCGACUUCAGACUGCCUAUACCUUAGCCUUUCCUGAGGUGGUUAAACCUGGAGAAGUUCACUCAGGUGGAUGCUAAGGGGGACAUUCUCUGGGACACAAAUCUCAUCCUACUGGACUGUCGUUUGGUCUCAGGACGCUUCCACCGGAAGUCAACGUAUCCACUGGCAGAUGUCGUUGGGAGUCAAGGAAGCUUGAAGAAACUUAUUUAACAAGGAGAUUGAGUAAGGCUGGAGUGAAGCAGAUAAGAGGAAGCUUAUUAUUCCUAAUAAAUAAAUGAAAAAUGUCAAGUCUACGACGUCCACCCGGGCCAGUAAGGCAGCUAUCGUUGCAGCAGCCGCCACGUCGUCAGCAGGUACGGAGACAGAGAUCAGCGGAGGAUGAAAAGCCUUUGCAGAUUUAUGCGAAUCCAAUACGCGCAAAGUUAUGCCCGGUCCAGAAGUCGGACUCCGAGCGUCCCAGGGUAAGAAUAGCUUGGGGUGACCAUGACUCUUCAGGAAACCAGGUCCAGGUCAUCGCCCGUCAGCUGCCAGGAAAGCCGCGUCCUCCAGCUAAACCCACAAAAUUCUCAUCCAGGAAUCUACCCCACGAGAAAGCUACCAUACUCUACUCUAGACAGGAACUUGCUGAGAGGCUGCGACUCGCUUGGAAGCAACGAGAGGAUAACAGGUCCAACUUGGACAUCUUCCUCGCGCAUAACACGGUCGAGGAACGUUCCGAGUCUCAGAUGUCGACCAGCACGUCCAUCGCCGCUCCGCGUACACCGGCGCCGAGGGUUGAGAAGAACCUUGCCAAGGAGGACGAGCGACCUGUUCCUAGUAUUAUGGUCAAUAACAAACCCAUUUGCACGAUCGAUCAAACCGACUAUCAGCAAUCGGAAUCUAUCAAUAGUGAACGUGAUGCGAAUCAUGCGAUAGAAACUUCUAUAGAUACGAGAAGCGAUGAGAUUAUGGAUAUGGGAUUUGUAAGAAGUACUGAAGAAACUACGUCAUUUAUUGAAUGCAAGACACUCGCUUCGAAUUACUUAGAAGAGGAGGUUACUGACUCGGUAGGGAAGGAAGUCACUGAAAUUUUGUCAUCGAACAAUCUGGACGACCAUCGUCUCGAAACUAUUAUGGGUACGACGAAAGAUGAGACUAAUGAGGAUAACCCGAGGGAAUUAAAAAUAUCUGAAGUCGACGUCUUCACCACGGAAGAAUUAAUAGAAGUCGUCGAAACGGUAGUGAGGGAAAAAUCGUGUAUGAGUAUUCGUUGCAGCAGCGAUGCUACAAUGUUUCUACCAGCCUCUUUGAAUUCACCAAAACAAGACAGUACCAGGAUCACCCUGGACAAGGAUCUGUCCCAAGCGAAGAUCAAGCGUGCAAACUUUCACGACUGUACGAACAAAGCCUUCGUAGCUCCACCCGUGGAGAAGUCAGGAACCAAGGAGAAGAUGCUGAAGGAUAAUAUUUCCGAGAGAACGACCUCGUCUCGCAGAACAAGUUCAGCUCCACCUCAACGUCGGUCAACCAGUGCACCAGGUCCUAGAACACAGGUAAACAUUGUGAUCGACGCGACCGGAAUUGCCAGGGCGGAUCCAUCGAGUCAGGAAGGUAAAUUGCUCGAGCGGAAGGAUACGGUAUCAGGGACGACAUGCAACGAGGCGCCGGUAAAGACCGCAAUUUCCAAUCGGGCGAUAAAAUCAGCGCCAAUGAAAAGACGUGCGAAAAGCGGAAAGCGGCGAAUCGCCAUAAAUUCAAAGGACGGCGAAGAGGACCAAGAAAGACCAAGGCGUGCUACCGGAAGCCGAGUAAAACAGACCUUGGAGAAAAAGAGUACCGACGUUAUCACAAUGGUGUCCCUAGUGAGCUCAGCUGACAGUGAUAGCGACAUAGAUCGCAUUUCACCACGGGAUGAUAAACUUAUCUAUGAACUUCGCAACAAGCUACCCACAACACCGAUUAUCAAGAACAGCUGCUGCCAGCCAAUCGCAACAUCAAGAAAGCCCAUUAAAUCGGUUUCCUUCCAGCAAGAUUCAUUCGACGAUGAAGAAGAGGUCACGAAGGAUGAGAAGAAAUUAUUGCAACCACGUUACACAUUUGUUUAUCGUGGAACCGGAAGUGCCUUGCCUACACCGGAAGAGGCAUCGAUUUGGAGAUCAGAAGUCGGCACAACUCUGUCUACAGCAGAGUUGAAUGGCGACGACAAAGAAACAACAGAAAUUCUUGUUACCGAUCGUGAAAAACGAUGUCUUGCUGUACCUAUUGGAGAUAUUCGAGACAAGAAAAGAAAACUUUUACGCACACGGAGUAUACCACCUCGUGGAGUAGGGAACGAGAGACAGCUGAUAAUGACAGAGAUUCAGAAUUCGGUGCAACAAUCAAAACAGGUGACGGUUACAGAAAGCAGAAAUCUGUCACACCAAACGCAGGUCUUGUCUGAGGUUUCUACAUUGAAGAUUGAAUCCAGCACAACGAUUUCGGUUUCUGAUGCGAAAACUGAUAGAGCACCCGCUGAGCCUCAAUUUCAAACCAUCAAGGAAAAAGAAUGUUGGCAUCUUUAUAGGCGAAUGUGUGAUAAAGGAGUUUAUGUUUCAUUUGACACUGUAUUAAGGGGUAUGUUGACACCUACUGAAUAUCGGUUACGUCAAAAGGAGUUGACUCAGGAUUGCUGAUGAUUAAAUCUUCAAGAACUUUAUUCUAUUCUUCAACGGGAAAGUUUUGAUUAUAAAGAAGGUUCAUGGUUAUAUUUAUAAGAGGAGACAUAACGUUAUAAUAUUCUGAUAGGAGAUUCAUAAUCAUAUUCUGAUAAAGUAAUGAGAACAAUUUUUGAUGUGACAUUUUGAUGCAUAAGAUUGACCGUACAGGAUUUUCUCGUUGAAUGAACUCCAUUAGAAAUGCUGAAUUGUCACAGAGUUUAGUUUCGUGACCUUAGAUAAACAAUGAAUUCACAGGCGACGAUGCUUUUGCAAUGUAAAUGCUGUGAGUUGUUCCACAACUUGUCACCUUAGUACAUACAUACGUGAUAUACUUAAUACUCAGAUUAGUUUGUACGAGCUUUAGACACCUACUGCCUAUUUUUUAGAAGGUAUAUAACAACGUAGAGGCGUAGAGACUGUUAAUAUUGUAUUCAAGAAUCUCUGCAAUUUGCCAACGAUUUUUUAAUUCUUUUAACGAGGAAAUAGCUCCUAGUAUAUUAUAUUAAUUCACUUUCCCUGUUUUGUACGAGAUUUUCGAUGACUUCUUUUUUAAUGUAAUAUGUAUUGCUCAAUAAACAGUUGAAAUGU